AUGGCCAGUUACCCCGAGCCCGAGGACGCCGCGGGGGCCCUGCUGGCCCCGGAGCCCGGCCGCGCCGCCAAGGAGCCCGACGCGGCCCCGCCAAGCCCCGGGCCGGGCGGCGGCGCGGCCCCCGCGCCCGAGAAGCCCGAUCCGGCGCAGAAGCCCCCCUACUCGUACGUGGCGCUCAUCGCCAUGGCCAUCCGCGAGAGCGCCGAGAAGCGGCUCACGCUGUCGGGCAUCUACCAGUACAUCAUCGCCAAGUUCCCCUUCUACGAGAAGAACAAGAAGGGCUGGCAGAACAGCAUCCGCCACAACCUCAGCCUCAACGAGUGCUUCAUCAAGGUGCCGCGCGAGGGCGGCGGCGAGCGCAAGGGCAACUACUGGACGCUGGACCCGGCCUGCGAGGACAUGUUCGAGAAGGGCAACUACCGCCGCCGCCGCCGCAUGAAGCGGCCCUUCCGCCCGCCGCCCGCGCACUUCCAGCCGGGCAAGGGCAUCUUCGCGCCGAGCGGCGCGCCGGGCGGCUGCGGCGUGGCGGGCGCGGGCGCCGACGGCUACGGCUACCUGGCGCCCCCCAAGUACCUGCAGUCGGGCUUCCUCAACAACUCGUGGCCGCUGCCGCAGCCGCCGUCGCCCAUGCCCUACGCCUCCUGCCAGAUGGCGGCGGCCGCGGCGGCGGCGGCGGCGGCGGCGGCGGCCGCGGGUCCGGGCAGCUCCAGCGCCGCCGCCGUGGUCAAGGGCUUGGCGAGCUCCGCCGCCUCCUACGGGCCCUACUCGCGCGUGCAGGGCAUGGCGCUGCCGCCCGGCGUGGUGAACUCCUACAACGGCCUGGGGGGGCCCCCGGCCGCGCCCCCGCCGCCGCCGCCGCCGCCGCCGCACCCGCAUCCGCACCCGCACCCGCACGCCCACCAUCUGCACGCGGCCGCCGCGCCCCCGCCGGCCCCGCCGCCGCACCACGGGGCCACCGCGCCGCCGCCCGGCCAGCUCAGCCCUGCCAGCCCGGCCACCGCCGCGCCCCCGGCGCCGCCCGCGCCCACCAACGCCGCCGGCCUGCAGUUCGCCUGCGCCCGGCAGCCCGAGCUCGCCAUGAUGCAUUGCUCCUACUGGGACCACGACAGCAAGACGGGCGCACUGCACUCGCGCCUCGACCUCUGAACGCGGACGCGGGACCGCGGCCACGCCAGGCCCGGGUCGCAGCCCUCGCCGGGGGCGGCCGGAUCGCGCGCCCGGCCGGGGCCGCCCGCCCCGCGCGCCUCUCGCUGCUCUUUGUCUCCUCGGCCUCACCCCUCCGCUGCCCUCGGUGCCCUCUCCGGCCUCGGGCCUGCAGAACGCCCGCCCCCGCGGCCGGCGCUCACCCCUGGCCCGAAUUCCCGACGGAGAGGAAGCGCCCCGGGCCGAGGAGCGGCGGAGAGUCCAGACCUCUGCACCCCCGGCCUCCUCGUCUCGCCCGGCCGGUGCGUCCUCGGCGCGAUCUGGGCUGCAAGCGCGGGGGCUCCGCCGGCCACGACGCCCGCGCCGCGAGCGAAGGACGGACGUGCGUUUGCCCCGCGUGCCCCGUGCUGCCGCGGUUCUGGAGCCGCCGCAGCCCGGCUCCACGGCCCGUGCCCGGGUGGACUUGCCGGCGCGGAUCGAAGGAGCGAGGCCCCGCACCUUCCGCUCUCCAGCGCGACUCUGCCCGUACCGCCGGGCCCAGGCUGCUGGCUGAUGGUCUGCUAGAAGAAUCGGUGGGGCCAUGUUAGAUGAUAUUAAAGAAAUCGUGGUUUUUUUUUUUUAAAGAAAAAAAAAUACUCACCGGGAAAACGGCGACGUAUUGUGGCCUUGGAGUUUGCUAAAGCCAAAGACGAAAAUCUUCUUUUCCAGUAGAAUUGCUUUCUGGUUUUCCCAAAAGCUGGGUGCAGAGAGGUCGGAGGCUGUUCGGUAAAAGACAGUUUCCUCUUAAGAAUUGGAAGGUUUUCCGUUCCCUGCCCUAAGUACAAAAUAAAAUCAAAACCAAGUUUCCCCGGGUUAGGGGAUCUUCGGUAAGGAGCCGCCUAUCUGUCCAGUCAAGGUGGCCGCAUGGACCGCUCUCUCUCUCCCUGAUUUUUUUUUUUAAUCAAAAGUUAGUUUCUCCCCCGCCUUGGGCAAGAGAUCCCGGAGGCCCCAAAUUUAUCGGAGGCGGCCGAGCUUGAGCUCCAGGCGGGUGAGCAAAAAAACCCACCAGCUUUAUCUGGAAUUCUGUGACACGCGUGGGGGGACCAACUUAUUUUCUAGCGAAAACUAGAGCACUUUUGUUGUUUUGUUUGUUGCUUUUUUCUUUUGUCUUGUCAAUUCUUGAAUAAAUUUUUUUGUUCUUUC